GGCACGCGGGCAAAUCAGUUUUUCAAGGUUACUUAAGCGUAUCUCAAUAUGCUUAGUUUCGAGGAUGUGCGCGUGUUUACACCAACUCAGUCUUUAGGAUCCAAACGACUAACCUUCGGUCCACACCACCUCACAUUUCAGUUGCGCGAUUCUGACGUUAUGAUUAUGUACAGAGCAAUUGACGGGUUUCGCUUGUGCGAAUCACCUACUGAACGUCGAUUCACACCAUCCAUAUUAACUGGAUAUACGAUUGUUUUGUAUACAAAAGAUUUUCAUAUUUAUGAAUUAACUGUUAGCAGUCUUUCUGUUGCUCGUUCUCUUGAACAGUCAUUAGAGGGAGUAUCCUCAAUUGAUGACGUAACAUUGCUUUACCCAUUCUCUUAUAAAUCCAACCAAUUGUCACUUUUACCCGCAAUAAAAACCACUGAUUGGCCUAAUAAUAUCGACGACAUCUUGUCUGGUGGGAGUUGGCGUAGAAGCCAAUUAAAUGAGAAUUAUUUAUUGUGCAAUUCUUAUCCGAAAACAUUUGUUGUACCUGUUAAAUGUGAUGAUCAAAUGAUUAUAGAAAGUAGCCGAUUUCGUCAUGGUGGUCGUUUUCCUCUACUGGUCUACUAUCAUAAGCCAAGACAAACUACUUUAUUAAUAACUGCUGAACCAUUAAUUAAUCAAUCCACAAUUACCAACAAUCAAAAUACUACAACUUUAUUAUCAUCAUCAUCAUCUAAUUCUAGUUUAACUUCAUCAGCAAAAUCGAAUAAUCUAAUUAUUAAUUCAUCUUCAAAAAAUUCUAUAUCACCAUUUAGUUCAACAUCCAAUACUGGUAGAUGUCGUUCAGAUGAACAAUUACUUACUUGUAUAUUACCAGAUAAAUGUAGAGGUGUUAUAUUGGAUUUAAGAACACAGAAUGAAACAAAAAAACCUCAAGCAACAAGUGGUCUUGUUGAAUUUGAACAGUAUUAUCCACAAUGGAGACGAGUUUGUAGACCUUUAGAAUCUACGGGUAACUUGAUUGUCACUUUCAGGAAAUUCAUUAAUGCUUGUACAUCAUAUGGUCGUGUAACUCGAUCUUCAAGCAACACAACAUUUGGUGCACUUCAAUCCGGAAUUAGUGAUUCUAUUGGAAUGUUGUCUAGUGCCGCAUUGAAUCCAAUAGGAAGUUUUGGAUCACGUAACUCCACGGCUGCAUCAGUCCCAUGUGAUAAUUCAGUCAAUUCAUUUAAUGAUAUCACUGUUCGUGAACAAACAAAUACAUCGAGUAAAAGUGAAUUGAUCUCGAAUUUCGCUCAAUUAGAUAUUCAGUCUACCAAUUCAACUACUGAAUCUGAUUUAAGUAGUAGUAAUAAUAAUGUAAAGAAAUCAAAAAAACUUUCAGCUUGGUUAUCAUUAGUUCGUGAAUCGUUAGCAGCUGCUGUUGCUGGAGCAACAGCUUUGGACGCUUUGGAUGCAUUCGCUCAACAACAACUUCAACAAGAACAAUGCUUGUUAGCCGAAAAACAGAGAAGAGCAUCAAAGGAGCAAAGUUUCGAAGAGGCAAAAUUACGUGGAUCAUGUGUAUUAGUGCAAAGUCGAAAAGGAACUGAUCGAGCUAUUCUCGUGGCUAGUUUGAUUCAAAUCAUAUUAAAUCCUGAGUCUAGAACUAUACAGGGAUUUCAAGAACUUAUCGACCAUACAUGGUUAAACGCUGGACAUCCAUUUUCAGAUCGUUGUCAAAAUUCCGCUUUCUCUCUUAAACCACCAAAAGAUGAGAGUCCAGUGUUUAUUCUAUUUUUGGAUUGUGUUUGGCAAUUAUUUCGUCAAUAUCCGAAUUCAUUUGAAUUCACUGAUGAACUGCUUUGUAUUAUUGCAAAACAUGCUUAUUUCUCUGAAUAUGGUACAUUUUUGGGCAAUUCGUCACAAGAACGAGAACAAUUGGAUAUUUCAUCUAGAACAUAUUCUUUAUGGUCAUACAUCAAUCAACCAUUUGUGACUAGUCGUUUACAGAAUCCAUUUUAUUCUGGUCAAAAAAAUGAUGAUAAUUCUCAAUCAACAACCAUAAUUGAUGGGAGUUAUGCAUGUUGGCCUUGUUUAUCUGCACAAGCAUUAGAUAUUUGGGAAGAACUAUAUCAGCAUCAAUUAGUUGGUAUUAAUCCUAGUCUAUGGAAUUUGCCUCGGGUUAUGGCACGUGUAAUUAAGGACAAAUUUGAAGCGGAACGGAAUAGAACUAUUCAAUUACGCAAAACACUUGAUCAACUUAUGAAUGAAGCUAUCAAUGCAGGUAUUCUUCAUGUAAAUGAAUAAACUUAUUUAAGUAGUAUAUUCUUUUCUUGUUAACUUAUUCAACUCCAUACUUAAUUUGUAAGAUAAUUUUUAAUGUUUUCUAUACUAUUUAUUUAUAAAUAAGUAGUAUGAAUAUAUUGUAAAUGACUAUUGAAUAAUCCUUUUCAUGGUUUAUUUUGUUUUAAAUCACUACAUUAAUCUUUCAAACAAUAAACUAAUGAACAAAUGAGUUGCUAUGGUGUUUAUUUAAUAUAAUGACCGUGAUAUUGU